CCUAGGCUGAGCCCAUUAUCAUUCCACUGGCGCUAAACUUAACGUGUCCGCCCUUUUAGGGUUUGCUCCAUGUUCACAAAGAGCAUUCAAUCAUUUUUCUCCAAACGCCGCGUUUCGAUCGAUCUCUGAGUUAAGGGAAGUGUUAAUUUGGUGUCUUCUCCUUAUUAAAGGAGUUUAGAAAUCAUGGCAGAUGAGGAGCCAAAACCCCUCACAUACAUACCUGAGGUGAUUUUGAAGAAAAGAAAGAGCAAUGAAGAGUGGGCGAUCAAGAGGAGACAACAAUUGGAGGAGAGGAAUUUGAGAAGCAAACAAAAUAAGGCUUUCAAUUUGAAAACGGCUGAGCAAUACAUCCAAGAGUACCGAAAUAGGGAAUUAGACCUGAUCCAAAUGAAGCAUAGGGGAAAAAAGCGAAAACUAUCAUUGGAAACAUUAGACUCCAAACUGCUUUUUGUCAUUCGCAUACAGGGCAAAAAUGAUAUGCAUCCAAAGACUAGGAAGAUCUUAUACUUUUUGAGAUUGAGGAAAAUCUUUGAUGGUGUUUUGGUGAAGGCCAAUGAAGGAAUUCUGGAAAUGCUGCAAAAGGUGGAGCCAUACGUUGCAUAUGGAUAUCCUAAUCUCAAGAAUGUGAGGGAGCUGAUUUACAAGAAGGGUUUUGCAAAGAUAGAAGGGCAGAAAGUUCCUCUGACAGACAAUAACAUUAUUGAACAGGCGCUGGGGAAGCAUGGCAUUAUGUGCAUAGAAGAUAUUGUACACGAAAUUGCCAAUGUUGGUCCACAUUUUAAGGAGGUUAAUAGUUUCUUGUGGCCCUUUACACUUAACAAGCCGGAAGGUGGUUUUCAGGGGAAGAAAAAGCUAUUCAAGGAAGGAGGAGACGCGGGUAAUCGUGGGGAUAAAAUCAAUGAACUAAUCGGUAAAAUGAAUUAGAAUUAAGAGGAAGGUCUAGAUAUAAGAAAUUUUUUUUCUGAAUGUGGGUUAUUUAUAGAACAUUGACACCUCAAAUAACCUGCAUUGGCGUGUAACUUAGUUUGACAAUAUCAUUUAAGGUUUGUUUUCUAAAUUUGGCUUUUGUGGUUCUUAGAGUGAUGAUGUAGCUGUAAAUCUCCCAAGUGAAUUGCUGCUUGGAGAAUUAUAAUCGGGUCAAUUUUCAUGUUUUCUGGCCUGAAAAUUUCCGGCUUUUGCA